GAUGACGUAGAUUGGAAUGAGGGAGUGAGUGUUCCGGGUCAGAAUCUGGACGCGAGAGGAAAUUCACUCCGGGAAGUACGCGAAGACACGGCAAUGGCUCUGUUUCCCCCCCGCCUCACGGAGAUGUAGCCCGGCUUCACUGCGGUAAAAGCGGCGGUGUUUCCAAGCGGGGUUAGGCGGGUGCUUUCAAACUAAGCAAAGUGACGACGGACGACCGGAGAGUGAUUCCCAUGUCGGUCGCCACUUAACAAACGCCACCUUGGACUUGUUUACGACUGGAGUUUCGCUGCAAAACACCUGUUAGCUUCGUUUGCCGUUUCUCGCCCGGGUACGACAUCCAGCCGCACCACCCUCGUGAUGUUUCACUGUAUCCCCCUGUGGCGGUGCAACCGUCAUGUGGAGGUGAUCGAUAGACGCCACUGCUCGCUGCUAUUUGUGCCAGAUGAGAUUUACCGCUACGGACGCAGUUUGGAGGAACUCUUACUUGACGCCAACCAACUUCGAGACUUGCCCAAGCCAUUUUUCCAGCUGGCAAAGCUAAGAAAACUCAGCCUGAGUGACAAUGAGAUCCAGAGAAUUCCUCCAGAAAUUGCCAACUUCAUGCAACUGGUAGAGCUGGAUGUCUCGCGAAAUGAUAUUAUGGAAAUCCCAGAGACCAUUUCACAUUGCAAAGCCCUCCAAGUGGCAGAUUUCAGUGGGAAUCCAUUAACAAGGCUACCCGAAAGCUUUCCAGAGCUCCGGAAUCUAACAUGCCUUUCCAUUAAUGACAUCUCAUUGCAAGUCCUACCAGAUAACAUUGGAAACCUCUCCAAUUUGGUAUCACUAGAACUCCGAGAAAAUCUCUUGACAUUCCUCCCAGAUUCACUGUCGUUGCUCCAUAGGCUGGAAGAACUCGACUUAGGAAAUAACGAAUUGUAUAGUUUGCCAGACACAAUAGGCUGUCUUGUCAGUUUAAAGGAUUUGUGGCUGGAUGGAAACCAGUUGGCCGAAAUACCUGCGGAGAUGGGCAGCAUGAAGAGCCUAUUGUGUUUGGAUGUGUCCGAAAACAAACUGGAGCGACUUCCCGUGGAACUGGGAGGCAUGUUGUCACUCACUGACUUGCUAGUGUCGCAGAACCUCAUUGACACUCUCCCGGAAAGCAUCGGAAAACUGCGUAAUCUGUCCAUUCUGAAAGCUGAUCAGAACAGACUCUCGUACCUGCCGGACAGCAUUGGCAACUGUGAGAGUCUGACUGAACUUGUGCUCACAGAGAAUCAGAUACAGAUUUUACCAAGAAGCAUAGGGAAAUUGAAGCGGCUUUCCAAUUUCAACUGUGACCGGAACCUGCUGACGUCAUUGCCCAAAGAGAUCGGAGGCUGCAGUGGCCUGAAUGUCUUCUGUGUGCGGGAGAAUCGACUGACGAGGAUACCCUCUGAGCUGUCGCAAGCAACGGAGCUGCACGUGCUUGACGUUUCUGGAAAUAGGCUCGCCCACUUACCCAUGUCUCUGACUAAGCUUUGCCUGAAGGCAUUAUGGCUGUCAGAAAACCAGUCGCAGCCCCUCCUCACCUUUCAGACGGACGAGGACCCCGAUUCGGGCGAGAAGGUUCUCACCUGCGUGCUGUUGCCUCAACAGCCCUUUGAGACUGACAACAAAGGCUCUGAUAAUCUCGCCCGCUUCGGAGCCCUGGAGAGCCUGGUGAAUGACAUGGCAGACGACACGUGGGACAACAAAGCCAGGAACAGGAUCAGCGCCAUUCACUUUCUGGAUGAGGACGAGGAGGAAGACGAUGAAAAGGGAACGCUCAUGCGCCGCGCCACCCCUCACCCGGGCGAGCUGAAAACAAUGAAGAAAGCGGCCGAGAACCUCCGCAAUGACCUGAAUGCCAGCAAAGGCCUGGACUCCAACAAGAAUGAGGUCAAUAACGCGGCAGACAAUGUGACCACGUCUGUGUGACACCUCUACUUUUACUUUUUUUGGAUUUGUGUUUUUACCUCCCGUGUCUCACCAUGUUGUCCUGCACAAUCCAGCAACAGUUUUUUUUCCUUCCCCCCUCUUCUCCUUCCUUUAACCCGACAAACCCCGUUGUGGCCUUCCCGUCCUGUGAUUGAACCCCGGAACGCCUGUAAAGCUUCGUUCUCCCUCAGGGCUGCUGUGCCUUCCUGUUUUUAAAUUCACAUCCACAGCAAUAAUGCUCCUAUGAAAAUGAUGUUUUUAAAGAGAAAAAAAGACACUAGGUAGUUGCACUUUUAUUUUAAAUCUCUAUAAUACAGUCAAACCGUUUAAAAUGUCGUAUGUAUGUGUUCAGUAUCGAUUUUUAAACACUGGGUGAUUUAUUAUUAUUAUUUUUUCCAUUCUGGGCAUAUAUAAAAGCAGGAGGUUUUGGAUCUACUGAUUACGGAUUGUUGUAUAGUCUCAUGUGAAUACUUUUAUACUUUUUGGCAGCUGCAAUGUAAAUAGAAAUGUAUAGCAAAUUUAUUAUUAUUUUUAAAAAAAAAUUCUUUCAUUUUGGAACUUGGUACUUUCUUUUUUAUUCUUUAAAAAUCAAAAAAUGAAAUUAGCAAAAUCUCUUUCACUCAUGUCUUAUUCAGUCCAUAAAUAUCGUUGAGUACGAUGGCCUCAGAGCCUUUUUUUUUAGCAUCUGUUUGAAUGACUGCACAUAACUUCAGUUCACCAAUGUCGAAAUACAAUUCACUGAUUUGUCAUGUUUCUCGAAAUAGAUGCCAAAAUACAGCUGUUUUUUUCCCCUCUCCCCAAGACUACUAUUCAAAAUAAACAGCGGGAGAUUGAUACAAGGCCUGACAAAACAACAAUGGCAUCCUUUAGAAAUGCAGUUUUGGAAAUUCCAGCGUAAUGCACUUGUCAGCCUCCCUCCAAGCUCAUUCUUUUUUUUAAGAGGACACGUAAUCUAGUGUAUGAUUUGUGGACCAGGUUUUUGAGAGUUGUUUUAUUUGUCUUUAAUUAUUUCCUGAUCAAACUGCACAAACUCGGAUCUUAAAAGAGGUUUUUUUUUUUUACCUUGAGAUCUGGAUGACUUUUAACCACUGAUCAAUAAAACGAGUGCAACACUAAA